CAUGCUUUAGUUCAUCCCUUGUGACAUGUGGGGCCGUUUGUUUACGUCUUGGUAAGUGUUGAAUGGACCAUGCUUUAGUUCAUCCCUUGUGACAUGUGGGGCCGUUUGUUUACGUCUUGGUAAGUGUUGAAUGGACCAUACUUUGGUUCAUCCCUUGUGAUAUGUGGGGUCGUUUGUUUACGUAUCUGUUCUUAGUGAAUUCUGCCUGCAUCCAGAUGUAAUACCUGCAUCUGCCCUUGGCGAACUCUGCCUGCAUCGAGAUGUAUCACCUGUUUCUGUAGCGGCCUGCCACUGAUUUCCAAUCAAGUCAACGCAAGCCCACACCAGUCUGCCAUUAUCAUAUGAUACAGCACGUAACCCUUGACAACUGUGGAUAUUAAAUGAUAUGUGGAAGGAUAAUAGCUUUCAUAUCUCAGCGUGGAUAAUAAAAGAAUGAUAUUCACGUUGAGGAUUGAUAACCGGAUAAGCUACUAAGAAUUGAGGGAGCGGGCACUUAUGGAGAGCCCCACUGACAGCUCCAUACCAGAAACAAAUAGAUUUCGCCCUGAUGACCAACCCCCAGCCCACCUCCAACCGCUGAUCACUAUCGUCGUCCUCAUCGCCGGUGUAGUGGGUGGACUCGUUCUCGUCAUAUCUGUGAUACUGUUUUGUAAAUAUUGCUUCAAGAGAAAAAAGGUGCUUAAAAGACAACCGGUUGUGUGCACACGGUCGUCUCCAGACAGAGCUUACAGACCAAUUAAGAAAUAUGAAAGCAUUGACUCGGUGUCUGAGGUGCAGAACCUGUUCUCAAAUGAGGAGAGGUCGUCUAGUGAUCAGGACAUUGACUCGGGGUCUGAGGUGCAGAACCUGUUCUCAAAUGAGGAGAGGUCGUCUAGUGAUCAGGAAGCCAGCGACAGAUGUGAUCAUGAAGAAGAAGACAACAUCGACUUGCACGUUAAACGCUAUCAGGAGUCACUUAAAGGCGAACCUUCCAUUGAUGUGCCAUCUUUGUGUAGCUACCAGCAGCAGGGGGAACCCGAGGCGGAGCCAGCAUGCCCCAGUGAGCGCUCAAGUCAAGGAAGGCGAGUAUCCUUCCACGUGGAGACCGAGAGACCCUUGCUCGAUCUGCCCGGAGACCACUUCUCGGUCUACUUCAAGAAAGGAAAGAGCUUUGAUGCGGCAGACCCGAGGAAAAGAUCGACACGACGGAAAAGUUCCAUUCGUUACGCCGAGGGAGAUUACCAUCAUCUAAAGAAGUUAAAGAUCGAGCGACCCCCUGGCGGCGCCCAGCUCAUCAGGCAGCUUUCGGUGGGCAUGCCCGGUACCCUGCCAAUCGACCGAGGAGACCGUGUCUACACCCGGGCCUUAACUGAUGACCCCUCCUUGCAUGAUGGAUACUAUGAUGUCCACGUGGACCAGACGACGCCUAUGCUACCUAUAGAUAAGGACUUGCAGGAGACUCCUUCACCGGUGCUGAAAUCGACAAAGACAGAAGUUCGCGCAGAGAUACAUUACACGUCGAAUAGCAACAGCAGUAUAGACAGUAGAGCUAGUAAAGUUAGUAAAAUCAGUAAGAGCAGAUCACGGUCUUCUAUGGACGAGCGGCAACGCAAGCCGAGUCCUCCUACUCACUUGGAUGUGCGCCCUGUCAACGUCAAUAGACACUCCCACAGCAUGGAGACUGUGAGUCCCUUAGACAAGGACGUGAUAUCAAGGCGGGUGAAGAGUUAUGAAGGCGACCUUCACGGCAAUGACUACGACUCAUUAAACUUCCAACAAUUUCACAAAGGACCAUUUUACAAUGCAGAUUACGAUGUGGUAUCUGAGGGUGGUGGCUCUCCAAACUUUCGCUCCAAGGUUCGGUAUAAUGACACGGGAAGUUUGGAGGAAAUCAAUUCUGACGCAGCCGCGGAGAUGUUGGAUGAGAUUAUAGUGGACUCUCUCACCAGUAUGACGAGUAUAGACGGCACCACCGAUGACACGGAAACACUGAAUGGCGCACAGAAAUAUCGUGAUCUUUGGAAUCUCAGGGCGACUUUCGAGGAGGAAGAAUCUGAGGAGUUCAGUGAUACCAUUCGCAUGGACGAUGCCACAUCACCUGACCAGUCACCUGACCACGAACAGGGCAUGACGUCACAUACUACGUCAUUCGAAUCGAAUACUGAACCAGUGGUGUACAUGGACAAUGAGUUAUUGCUGGUUGGUGAACAAAUCGGAAGUAAGAUAGAGCAUCUUUUGCAUCCCAAUUAUGAAAACAGACGACAGACUUAUAAGAGUAUAUUGUCUAAACGUUUGAAGAAGAUCGAUGUGACGUGUAAGGCAAGUGCUGAAAACAGCUUCGACAGUGUCGAGACGAUGGACACGGACGGUGAUGUCUCGGACACCAGUCGGCCUGUAGACACAACCACGUCAUUCGAGUCGACCACUGACAACACAGACAGCACUGGUGAUAGUCAAACCCACAAGCUGCAGCAGAUGAAGGCAGAUAGCGGCUACAAGUCUCUCGAGUCAACCGCCGGCCAAGCACCUAAACUUUCAAAGAAACAAAUCCACUUUGCAUUGGAUGACCAGGAGAGUGUUGAGAACGAGGACGAGGAUGGCCACUCCACGGAUAAAUCUCCAAUGGAGGGUUGUUCUGUUAUUGCUAUGGGGAUCGACUCUCCCGCCAAAAGGUUCAAAAACGGGAGAACUGGCCGGACGGCUUCAAAGAAACGGCGGGAAUACAGCCGGGAGAGGCAGAUUGUUCAAAUCUAUGAGAGCAUCAAUGAACCGGAGAGUGACAGGUCAGAACUACCUUCGGGGGAUAGCUUCGAUGAGAACUCUGCGCCAAGUAAGAUGUCCGUCUUCAGUCGUUUUUUCAAAUCACAGAGUCGAGAGAGACAGCGCCAGCUAUCGAGGGAUUUCAGUAUCGAUGAGAAGACAGAUGCAAUAUUCAACGAAUUUCUUCGACCGGACGCAAGUAUCGGCCAAAAACAUACUUUAGCUGUGCGAGCCCGCUCCCCGCGGCUCAGGCCCCGGCUGCAGCGCAAACACACAGAACCAAUGGAGCUAUAUGAAUAUCGUAGAAACAAACUUGUGCCUGAGAUGCGCAGCGCGAGUUUGGGCAGUGACAGCAGUGUUGCUAGCUCGCGGCGCCUGUCGCCUCAGGAUAGCAUCGAGGAGGAAUAUAUCAGCCUUGUGAAGGAUUGGGACUCUCCACACGGGGAUGUCAACCCUGUCUUGCGCAGUGAACCGGUGCUGGAGCCCGCUGCAAGCUUCAGAGAACGCUCACCAAGUACCAUUCGCAAAAUUCCCAUAAUUCAAUUGCCGGAAGAGGAACUCGCGACGACUGAGGUAUGAUAAACCUCGGUACACAGCAUGAUGGACAACCGAUGGUUUUUCAGUAUUUGGCUAUUGUUCAAAUUGGUGGUACAAUCAACGGCUAAGGUCUGCACAGAUCUUAGAGAAAACUAAAGCGGGUCAAAACCUGGACUGAGUUGAUUUCCUAUCAGUUGAUCUGCAUCACUGUACAUUUCAUACCCCCAUACUCACAGAUGUACAGUCUUCUCUGGUCAAGCUGAGGUGGAAAUCAACUUGGCCCGGGUAGUUAAUGUUGUGUUCUGAUAUCGUUUAGUUCUUGAGCGUGUAUAGAUUUUAACCAUCAUUUCCAUCAUUGACCAAGUGAAUGUGAUAUUACAUAUGUAUAGAACUGUUAUACAUUUUUGAAAUUGCGCUAUAAAAAGGCAACAUAUUUCUAUAUGUGGUAGCUAUAGUUACAGGGAACUUUCUGGUCCGAGUACCCUUGUGAAGACGCGUGCUCUGGCGUGAAAUUUUAGUUGGCCUUUAGUUUAAUCAUCCUGGCAUCAGUCAUGCCAGUGGUUUUCAAUGUACUCCGCCUCUCGAUAUUUCAUAUAUUAUUAUUGUAUAGGAGGUAGGAGUAUCAAAAACCUGAAUCACAUAAUGUAGUUUAAUGGGCGAUACAUUUUGGACUCGGCUGCACCAGAAAGUCCUCUCGUUUCUACAAACUAUUUAUCUAUUAUUUGUAUUUCAAAAGGAGCUGAGUGCUAAGGAUCCAACCCUUGAAUUGUGAUUGUAGCAAAAACUACCCGGGCGUUUUUUCUGAAACUCGCAUGGGUGACACCUUGGCCCAAAACAUUAAUUGGAAUUGACCUAAUUAAUUUCCUUUGUCUUGCUUCAAACCCAAAAACGAAGGGUAAAUAGUAGAAGCUUUAUUUAGACUGACAUUCCACAAGAAUCGCCGUCACAAACCCCCCAAGAUUGCGAAAAGCAUUAUUAAAACUUCAUAUUCUGCAAUUCUGACGUUAUUGAGUAAAAUCACUCUGCUGCGACAAUUGAUCUGCUGAUUAGCAAUGUUUAGGGAUCUAUUUCAUUGUAAAGGUAUUUGACUGUACCACUUUGGGACAGUCAAGGGGAACAGGUGGUCAUUGUGAAACAGAUUGAGCAUCACUUGCUUCACUGCUUGCACCCCUCAGAAGAAGUGGUUGAGGUCAUGAACAAGGUAAACUUGUCAAUAGCACUCAUAAUAAGGGAUUAACAAUUACUGACAAUUGGCUUAUGUCAUGAUUGACUUGGCUGAAUAAAUCCAGGAGGACAGAAUUUUGAGGCAAAGCUGCCAAAUCAAUUAUGGUUUCAGGACAUUUUGGGCUCUUUCCGAAUCGAAAUAAAUAUUUAUUUCACCAUCUUGAGGAGUUUGUCAUGGCGAUUCUUCUGGAAUGUCAGUCUACUAUUUACCCUUCGUUUUUGG